GUACGAGUAUUACAUGCCAGUCUAUUUCUCGCUAUCAAUUUUUUUAUUUGUUGCUCUAUUUGCAUACUAGACAAUCUUGUUGAACAAACCUGUUGUUUGUAUCUGGUUUAACUUGUUGAAUACUGAGAUAGGUACCACAAUUUUAAAUCGGGAAGCAUUCGAGAGUGUUCAGUUGAAGUUAUUAGUCGUGAUUUAUUAAUUUUAAAAUGGGCGAUGAUGUUGAAACUAAGCCAGUAUUAUAUUCAUACUGGCGAAGCUCAUGUUCUUGGCGGGUGCGCAUCGCGCUCAACUUGAAGGAGAUACCAUAUGACAUCAAAGCAGUCAGUUUAAUCAAGGGUGGAGGAGAACAGCACUGCAAUGAGUACCGUGAGGUCAACCCUAUGGAGCAAGUCCCAUCUCUUUGUAUUGAUGGACACACACUCGUGGAGUCUCUCAACAUUAUGCAUUACUUGGAAGAGACCAGACCGAACCAGAGGCCUUUGAUGCCUCAAGACUGCUUCAAACGGGCUAAAGUCCGUGAAAUCUGUGAGGUAAUAUCAUCAGGCAUUCAGCCACUCCAAAACCUGAUAGUCCUCAUCUAUGUAGGUGAAGAGAAGAAGAAGGAAUGGGCCCAGCACUGGAUCACUCGAGGCUUCAGAGCUGUGGAGAAGUUACUCUCUGCAUGUGCUGGAAAAUAUUGUGUUGGGGACGAGAUCACACUAGCUGACUGCUGUCUGGUGCCUCAAGUUUUCAAUGCUAGGAGAUUUCAUGUGGACCUGCGCCCCUUCCCAAUUAUUCUCCGUAUCGACCGUGAACUGGAGAACCACCCAGCGUUCCGUGCAGCUCAUCCCUCCUCACAGCCGGACUGCCCGCCAGAAGUCGCUAAAUGAGCCAGAAACAGUGCCACGUCCACAAAUUGGCCGCAUACACCUUCAAGUUCGCUGUUACAGCGCUACGUUUGAAUUUCGAACGACAACCAUCUUGGAAAUGCUGAAAUUGGAAUAAAUGUUGCCAAUAAUCGGUAAUGAAGGCAAAAUAGAGAAAAAAAUUGAGUUCCAUAAAAAGUUAUGAUAUUCGAAAUAUUAGGAAACCAAAAUGCAAUAUAUAAAAGGGUAUUUAAAUUAGGAAUAAUGUACUCACAAAAUUAUUACAAUAAUAUGCGUCUAAAUAACCAAUUUGUGGACAUGGUAUGCUAUGGGAAACUUGAGUUUUUUGUUUAGUUUUUUCGAGAUUUUUGCAUUUUUAUACAAAACUCUUUAUAUUACUUUUGUUUACCCAAAUUAGUCUUAAGCUUUUUAUUCUAGUCUAGUCUUAUAAAUAAUUUAAGCCAAUUCAUAAGGUUUUGGGUAUUAGGUUACUAUUAUGUGGAUCAAUCUGUGCAGUUUUAAUUUAAAUGAAUUGUAAAAUUAUUUCCAUUAAGUUUAAUUGAAAAACAAAAUUUAUGAAAUUAGAUAUGAUAAUUUAGAUUAUACUUGGGAUAUUAUUCUAAUUUUAGUA